UUUUGGGAUCUAAACUACAACAUACUUACAUGAGACAAUAGCUAGGCCCGUGCUGCAGCUCCGCCCCUUCCGUCGCGCCUCUCUACCUCUCCAUUGAAGGGCACCGCUAUUUAACAGCCUCCGCGCUGCCGCCCCAACCUCUCUCUCUCUCUCUCUCUCUCUCUCUCUCUAGACCUCUACGAACCUUGUUAUUGAAAUUGCACCCACCCUCCCACCGGGGCGAGGAGAAUUCGAUCCCAAUUUACCCAGUGAGGUCGUCGUCGGUAAUUGGAGUGAGGGGAGGGGGGUAGCAAUGGCGUCUCCCGCCGACGAGGCUCCCCCGGCGCUGCCGCCCAUCAAGACGGCGCCUCUGCCGCCGCCCCCGCCGUGUGCCUCGGCCUCAGCGUCUCCGUCGGCCCCGGCGCCGGCUGGGGACGGCACGAAGGCGGCGGCUGAGGAGGAGGAGGAGGAGGAGGAGGAGGAGGAUCGUGAGCCGUCGACGCCGACGUCGGAGGAGAGCAGGCUGCGGCCGACCGCGGUGUGCCCGCCGGCCCCAAGGAAGCCGCCGGCGCCACGGAUGCCGGUGAAGCGGAAGCCGCCGCUGCCCUCGCCCGCGCGGGUGUUCGUCGCCGUCCCGCGCGACCUCUCCACCGUCUUCCGGUCGCUGCCGCCCAAGAAGCGCAUCCGAGUGUCGUGAUGUUGCGAUCUGGCCGUAAUUCACCACCGGCUCCCAGGCUUGGUCGAUCUCUCUGAGAAUUCCUCCGGGUUCUUGGCUUUUCUUCUUCUUCUUCUUCUUCUUCUUCUUUCUUCUUCUUUUUUGCCCCUUGGGUUACUGAUACCCACGGCCAUGGUAUAAAUUAUAAUUUUCGGUAUAAAUAACGUGCUAUUUUCUGCGUGUUUUUAUUUUUCUUCUUUUUAGUUGUGUUUGCGUGAGGAGAACUGUAGCUCUAGAGAUGAAGAUAUUUCUGUUACUGAAUGGAAGCAGUUCAAAAAAAAAAAAGUAAACUUGUAAGAAAAACUCACACUGAUCCUGCCAAUUAUGAUACCUGCCUGAAUUAUUUAUCA